AUGUCGGCAUUCAUCCAAACGCCUGACCUCUCGGCCGGCGCGGUGACGACGGCAUCGUCCUCGCCCCCGACCUCCACUCCUUCGCCGUCGACUUCGAGUGCGAAUACGGCGCCCUCGUCGGCCACUCGUCGCCCUCCUCGCAAAAGCACGUUGACUCAACAGCAGAAAAACAAUAAGCGACAGCGGGCGACCCAGGAUCAACUGGUUACCCUCGAAGUUGAAUUCAACAAGAACCCCACCCCCACAGCGGCUACCAGAGAGCGAAUCGCACAGGACAUUAAUAUGACCGAGCGAUCCGUCCAGAUCUGGUUUCAGAAUCGCCGUGCCAAAAUUAAGAUGCUUGCGAAGAAGAGUAUUGAAACGGGCGAGGGCUGCGAUUCAAUCCCCGAGUCUAUGCGCCAUUACCUUGCGAUGCAGAUUGACCCCAACAAGCCUGCCUCGAGGGAUUCCUUCAGCCGCACACCUAGCUACGGGGCUCCCAGCAUGUAUGCAAACGACGCAAACCCGUCCAGCAAAGUUGUGAUCUCCCAUUUCACCUGCCGUUCCUUGACCAUCGGUAGCUGGCGGCGCAUUGGGCAAAACGCGAUGGACCUGGUGGUCUUCUACUCGCCCGACAAGGCCUGCAUGACUUACUACAUCAACAAUGACGCAGCCGGCUAUAAGAUCGAGUAUCCCUUCUCCUACAUCAAGAACAUCUCUCUGGAGACUGGUGAUCCGACUCCUGGGCCGAACGGCGCCCCGCCUCGCCCUGGUGGCCUUGUUGUGGAACUGAACCGCCCACCGAUGUUUUACAUGGACUCCUCCAACUCCGGCGGCUUUUACCAGUGUGGAGACUUCACUGAGGAGCAGCAGGCGAGCCAAAUGAUGGUUCAUCACCUGGGAGGCCAUCCCAAGGUUUUGAGUGUUCAACUCGCCAAGCUGGUGUCCUUGGAGUCUUUCCAGAAUCGCCUGGCGUACAACAACGACAACAACGCCGCCAACAACAAUUUCGCCAUGUCGGCCACCCCCGCGAUGUCACCGCCUUUUAUCCAGCGCUCAGCCUCCCAGCCCAAUCACUUUGCCCCUCCCGCCUACAUGGGACUGUAUCAGGACAACAAUCACCUGGGACUGAACAUGCCUCCACCACGUGGACACAAACGCCAGCGGAGUCGCUCCGUGCCUGCCGCUGUUGACAUCUCGACGUUGCAGGCUCCAAUGCCCUCUUUCCACGGCCCAUCGCCCUCGGGGCCGUUCAGCAGUGCCGACUCGGGCAUUUAUGCGCCUGUCCCGCAAUCGACCCAUGCUCUUCCCACGGAUCUCCGCAUUGAUACCGAAGGAUAUGGACUAGACUUCCGCACAAACUCUAUGUCUGCGGCCACGGCCGGAUCACCGUCGGACUUUGCUAGCCCAUCCAUGUUCAGCAGUGCCGCUCAGGGAGAGUCAACCCCAGUUGCUAGCAUGACUCCUCAAUUCAAUGUCCCCUUCGUCCCGGGAGGCUCGACGGAUGCAUCCACGAUGGGAUCGCAUGCCGCAUCGCCGUACUCUAACGUCGGCCCGGCCGAUCCAUUGAUCGCCGAUCACUCGCCUCCGCUGUCGAAUAUGUCGCAUGCUCCAUCGGACAUGUAUGGGUUCGCUCACGAUCCCCAGUCUGCCUUUGUUGAGGAUGGCAUGUCGAUGAAUGAGAUGUACCCCAAGCAUCACGUCCAAUUUGGAGUUUCGCACGAUGGCCCCAGCUUCGAAUUGCCUAUGCAUGGCUUGCCGGGCCACCCCUCACCAGGGUUGGGUGACUACUCGCAUGGUAUGGCCAACCUCGACGAGAUGAAUUCUCACGGUUUGCCAUCUGGGCCCUGA